AUGGGUCAACUGAGAAAACUCGGUACAUAUAUUAAUUUAACAUUAGAUUCCGGUUCAGAAUACUUAACAUUUAAUAAAGGUAGACUUAUAAACUACUACAAAUGGAUUUGUAGGGAACUUCAACUUAAUGUAGCUGAACUACUGGGUGAGAAUAACCUAGGACCACGUGUGAUUUGUAGAUGUUCAGACUAUACGAUUCAGGAAUUUGUGGAAGGAACCACUUUGAAGAACAGCUCAUUUCAGAAUUUAUCGGUUAUCACAAGUCUUGCCUCUACUUAG